UUAUUUUGAUAAACGUAUUUCCGGUUUGAGUUUUACAUCCUGUAAAGGGGGCCGUUUUCCAGUUGCUGGAUAAAAUUGAACGAUGCGCUAAAGAAAAUAUCGACAACAGGUAUUUCUUAAGGUGUAAUGCUUACAGAUAUUAAUGAUGGAGAGUGGAACAGGAGUCUAUUACCAAGCAAUGCCUGCAGUGGGACCCGAUGGGAAAAAUGUCAUGAAGUUGAUUCCUGUCCAGAAAGUAAAUGGACAGUUUUAUCAGACACCAUUUAGUACAGAAAGAGACAGUGUGGAUGUACAACUGAAAGCCUAUGCAAAACCGGUUCAUCCACCUGCUGCUGCUUCAUCUCAAACACAGAUGCGGCUUCCCUCCCUCCAGACCAUAGCAGAUGGACGAUAUGUCCUAAAAGCCCUGCCGCAGGUCAGAACUGUAUCUAACGCUGUCAAAACUCAACAUGGUGGAACUAAUGACCUCAUUAUUCACAAUCCACAGCCAGUGCAUGUUCCUCUUUCAACACAAUCGCUUUCCCAGUAUUCAGUCCAGUUGCCGCCUCAGCCCAAUGGACAGGGCAUGGUGGCAGUCCAAAUGUUGCCUGUUACAGUUAAAUCACCUGUUCUCCCAAACGGUCAUUUCCUGCAGAUCCCUCCGAAUGCGAAAGUUAGGACUCUGCCAGCCACUGCGCUCCCACAGUCCAUCAAAUGCCGGAUAAUGAACUCUGUGAGUAACACCCCUAACCUCCAAAAGAGUCCACCAACCGUUGUGCUUGUUUCCCCUGUGAACUCUGUUAAGCUCAAUUCUGACCAGCAAGUAGUUUCGGUUACAAAGCCAAGUCAAAUACAGAAGACCCGGUUUCAAAAUCUGGUUACAAAAUUGCAAACACCUGUUUGCGUUUCUAAAACAAAUGAAGAAGUGAACACUCCCUUAAAAUGGGUCGUCCGGGAGGGAACAGGUGCAUCCGCUCCUUGCCUUGUACCUGUAAUGACACCGAAUGUCAACUCUGACACUAUAAAAGCAGUCACGAAUGUCAACUCAGUUGGGACGGCAAAUGAAAUUGUGCCAAGCAAACCCACACCUCCUCAGACCAGCCAAGAAAAGAUCACCCCAGGCAAAGACAACGCCCUGGUCAUGUGCAAUGGGAAAGUCUACUUUGUGGCCAAGAAAAAUUCUGAGAUCGCCAAGGAUGUGAUGAUCAGCGAAGGUGGGAAAAGAGGGGUUGUCAGCACCUCUCCUGCGCUGCCUGCCAGCUCCGCUCUGGGGACAAACUCUUCUAAGCAAGACCCAAAAAGAAAUGUAAGUGAAAUUAUUGAUCUCUGUGAUGACGAUGAGGAAACGUCCACAUGUCUGGGAGGUGCCCCGGGAAAUUUGCCUACACCGAGUCAAACGGAGGUGGAUGAGAGCGAUGAAGACUCUAAUGUCAUAUUUGUGUCAUACAUUCCACCCAAGUCAGAGACUCGUGCUGGUGAUAAAGUGGAGAAAGCUUCCUCCCAGAACAAAUCUGAGGAAGUUCAACACACACAGACAAGCGCAAAGUCUGUCUCACAGAAUGAAGGGGAAAAACUGGCACAUGCGGAAAUUGAAAAAGAUGGUGGUCCAGAUAAUUAUUCAGCCAAAAUGGGUGAUGAGAUGAUGGAUGAGCAGAUCGAGGGAAAUGAAAGAGAUGAAAGCAACUUGAGCUGUCUUUCUGAAAAUGUGAAUAUGGAGGCAGAUAAAGACUUGGAGAGUGGAAGUCCACCUGAGACGAGAAGUCAAGAUGAUGCAGCUCUCGCUGAAACUGCCAGCGUUUUGGAAGCACCCCAGAAUGUCUGUGUUCAAGCCACUUAUGAUACUGAAAAGGCCUAUGAAAAUCUAGAAUCUGAUCAGAGGAGUCAACCCAAGACUGACUGUGAGCUAAGAAAAGAAUUUGGCAUCACCUCUGAUGUACAAAUUUGCUUGCAAAGACCAAAGCCGAUUGUGAAGCCAGAUCAACUGACAGAGAGAUUUUUCAUAAACAAACGCACAUUAGACGGCCUUCGUAAAGUGAUCCAGGAGUCAAAGUUGCAGUCAAAAAUACAGCAAAUGAUGCAGGCAAGUUACAUAUUCAUGCAUCCAAAUUGUGUUGUAAUUUACAGUGCAUGUACAUAUUUCCUACAUCAGUGUUGAUCAGAUGCUA